AAACAGCAUUCCUGGAUAGAGUUACGCUGCUCCGCGUUUGCAAUAAAAAAAGAAAAAGACUUUCAGACCGACUUUAACGCAGGGAAGCUGCCCGGCCUGACCCGAAUCUGCUCUCUUUCCCCUCUUUCUCUUCAUUCGGCGCCACAUCUCCACAUUAAAGAGUGAAAUGCUUCAGCUGGGAAGCCUGUUCACCCAGUUCCAGCUCAGCUCCAGGCCUCCAGAAAAUGCCCCAGGCCACAGCUCCAAGCAGACUCCAGCAGCCCCGCUGUUUCUGCCACAUGUCAUGAAAAUCACAGGGCUGAGAAAGGAAGAUGUGUACCGCAAUCUUCGCAUUCCUGACCAGGUUCAGGCCACGAAAGAGGACAUCAGCAUUGUGAUCCUCUCGGGGCAAGGAAUCUUCUGCAUAGACGUGAAAGUCUGGAGAGGAGCUGUUUAUAUUCGCAACCAAAACUGGCACGUGCGAGUGAGAGAUGAGGACCAAGACUUCACCAAUACCUGCAUAGAGCAGGUUGAAGACCCCCUUAAAGCUAUCACGACCAAGACAGCAAACCUGUGCAGCCAUCUGAACAGAAGUGGAGUCCCCGUGCGCCGGAGUCUGUUUUUCCCCAGGGUCGUCUUCCUUUCCCCAGACUGUGAGCUGGAUGAGGGGCUGAGCGAGAGGAGGGAGCUGGUCUCCUACGGUCAGAUAAACGACUUCCUGAAAUCCUUCAGGGAGGGCUAUAUGGCCUGGUUAUCAGACGCCCUGACUCCCUCCUGGAUCUCUGGUCAUCUGUCGUACAGGCAGAUGGAGUCGGUCCGGGAGGUUCUGAGGAAGGUGGGGACGUGGGACCUGGUGCAGCUGCGCUGUGGGGACCAGCUGAAAGGAGACUACCAGAGCUGCCAGUACAUCGCCUUCGACCGCCAGGAGACGGACACGCUGGAGUUCUCUGGGGUCAGUGCCCUGUCCACCGAUUCGCUGUGGGCGCUGCUGGGACACGUUCCGCAGGUAACGGUUAAAAUGUACAAGCGCGGAUCUUGCGGCUGGCUGGGUAAAACUCUGAGUGCCACGACGACGAUCCCGUCGAACACCUUCGUGAUCUUCAGGAUCAGCGGCGAGGAGGCGGAGUCCCGGAUCCCAGUGAACACCAUUCGCAGCAUCACUCUCAGCGCAUGACCGCCUGCCGGGACGGAGGAGCGUUCUGCAUCACACAUGUCCAAAUGCCUCAACGUACUUUUGUGCCUUUUGAUAUGCAGUGUUUCGACUCUUUUAUACUGUACUACCAGUUUAUAAUGUCUUUACCUGAGAAUGUUUCUGAUUUUCAGCUCGUCGCUGUCGAUAUUAUGUUAAUGGACAUAGUUUUCAGGCAAAUUAGCCUGUGGUGAUUGUCUUUCUCUUGUUUUGAAUUUCUAGAGCUGCCCCUCACUUUACAGUAUCCAUUAAUUGAUCAUUAUGUGAGCUGAUUAUGUCGCGUCAGUCGAGGACUGAAGUGUUUAAUGUGUUAAUUGUGGCGGUUAAAUGCCGGUGGCCUCUGGGCUGAGUGUGUUGCUGCCUCCGCCGGCUUGAUGGGAAGUUAUUUACGGUCUGUUUAGACAGUGUAACUGUAAGGUGCUUUAUUAAUAUGCUCCACCGCGCAGGGGGGACGAUAACAGAUUCAAGAGCGCACAGGCGCAGCCACCAGCACCAUUCAUAACUGUGUCUGAGUCACUUUCCAUCAGUUACCCGGCUCGCACAGCUGCGCUAACAGCUAGCAAUCGUAUUUACUGGGUCUGGUCGUGGUCAAAAUGAAGUUAUUUCCAUCAAGAUAUCAGUGCCUUUAGCUAAUGCAAUAAAAGGAGCUCUUUCUGUUGAUGGUAUCUCGUUGUAUGGCAUCUCUACCUGAAACAUCAUUACACUGUACUUACUUUUUCAAAUGUCUGUUUACAGUUUUACCUGAGGGAGAGAUCCUUGAAAGAUGCUUGGUUUAUUAUACACAUUAUUAAGGCUGUUUUGUUUUGUUUUUUUCCUGAUGUCUUGGUUAAAAUCGCUCCAAUUUUUUUGGUUGUGUAUUUUGAUAAAUUUAUUCACUUGUAUUCAGAAAUUAAAUAGUCCUCAGGAGGUGUUUUCUCUCACACUUGACUGUAUCAGAAGAGAAGUACUUCAAGGAAAUUAUUCUUUAAUAUGAUCAGUGGUGGAUGCAUGCAGGUUUUACCGUAACUUGAUUUUACUUUGAUAUGAAAAUGCCUUUUUUAUUUAACCUGCAGCACUUUCAAGUGUAAAAGCCAACCUACUCUUAAGCUAAGUGAUUCAAGCAUGGUUGUUUUUUUUUAAGAUCUUUCAGGGGUUUUUAUGUUUGUACUCUGUGGUGCUUUAAUAAAAACGAUUUGAUGACUAAAUUACA